CUGGUCUCUGCAUAGCUCAGCAAUUGGAAGUAUCUAUGUAUGUAUGUAUGUAUGUAUAAGACACCAUUAACUUAUUAGCUUACAGUCCAAGCCUUUGAUAAGAAAUCCAGCAGAGUCUGUUUACAACAGAUGCUACAUAAAUGGCUCUGGGAAGUUUAUAAGCAAGGCAUGAAGGCAACAGCCCUCCCAUCUUAUUUCACUGUGGGGAUCUAGUCUUCAGCAGUACACUGCCUUUGACGAUGGAGGUUCCAUUUAGUUUAAAUUUAUUUCAAUGUGCGGGUGAGUUUUGGGGGUUAAAUGGAUUUCGAGGCCCCACGCCCAACCGUAAGAGUGCACAGGUGCCUCUUAGCCAGAGUCGUGUGAAUUUAGGGAGGAGAAACUGCAUCGUCCUUGCUUUUUUUGGACUCCCAAGUCCUCCACGCCUAAUGGAGGAUCUUGUCUCACAAUUUUUGUCCGUUGGUUGGCAGAGUUUAAUACAGUGGUACCUUGGUUUACAUCCAUAAUCUGUUCUGGAGGUCUGGUUGUAAACCGAAACAGGUUGUAACCCAAGGCAUGCUUUCACCAAUGGGGCCUCCAAAAAAAGUGGGUUGUAAUCCAAGAAAAGGGACAUGCACUUCCGGGUUUGACGUGGUUGUAAUCCAAAAAACAGUUGCAAACCAAGGUACCACUGUAGGAGAAACAAGGUGCGGUUCCUUCACUGCAGGGCACCCUCCUUGCGCCUCAUUAUUUAGGCUGAAAUGCUAACCCCUGCUACCUGGGAGUAAGCCCCAGUGAAACCAGUAGGACUUGAUUCUGAGUAGACUUGGCUAAAAUGGCCCUGUUAGUAUUAAGGAAAGGGGCUGGUGCUGGAAUUUUCUGUGUGUGUUUCACAUUAUGCAACAGGUUCUUAUGUCGUCUUCACACUUUGAAGACCAGUAUAUGAUUCUCCCCGCCCUCCGCCUCUUGUUUAAGAAGCCUCCUCCUCUCUUUUUUAUUUUCUAAUAAGCGAACACUUGACAGUUAAAACUGUCACUUUAAAGGCGGGCAAAGGGCAACAGCGAAAGCGUGCGCCACUCUUUGCCCCUUCACAAAGAUGGCGGCGGCGUCCCAACCGCGCCAUCAGAUGCCCGAGGCAAAGAUGGCCGCUCCGCCUCCUUAACGUCGAGACGCAAUGGCCGCACGCACGCAACUGCGCCGCCUUCGGAUCCUUUGGCUAGCCAAGCAAUGAGGUGAUCGACUAAGCGGCGGGGAGGAGUCGUUCCGACGGGUUGUGGUUGGCAGAGCGUUGAUCACGUGAGACUGUCGGAAUUUGUUCGCGGAAGUAGUAGUUGGGGUGAGUACAGUAGUGGCUAAUUGAAGAGGUGAGUGAGUCCAAGUCUUAGAGGACAGGGGAAGGGUAGAUCUCUCUUCUGCGUGUUUCGUAGUCCUUAAAGUGUGGGUCUCAGUGGCUUAAUAAAGGCUCUUGGGUCUAAGUUAAGCAAGGGGGGUGGGGAAGCUCCCCUUUCUGCUUUAUUUUCUGCUGCGAUCGCCCAUUGCACUUCUUUCCAUAUUCCACCUUUAAACCAGAACCCCAGGAACUAGGUGCAAAAGACAUAAGUUUUACAAUUCGCCUCUGACCACAUUCUGAGUCCGGGCAUUUGCUUCCAGUGCCAGAACUGAACUGAGCUCACAGUCGUUUCACACAAAAGCCCACUCAUGAUUAUAACUCUCAUCAUUUCAGUUUAGGUAGAAAAAGUCGUUGCUGCUGUUAAACAAUCGAGCAGCCAUUCAACAAGUGAGGUUUUCCUGGCCUUCAUAAACAGUUGUAUCUUAGUGGAAGUCUGCAUGCCCAGCAGCUGCUAAAGGCAAAGGAACCCUGCCAGAAAAAUAAGGUGAUAUCCCCCCAUGUGCUGUGCGUAAUUGAGUGGAAGAUGUAAGGCUUAAAGCCUUCCAUAUUUUUGAAGUGUUAAAAGUGUUGUGAUCAGAUAGCUACCUGACGUGACUAAAAAGCUUGAACUUGUAACCAACCUUUUUAUAUCUGUUAGUUGAACUUCACAUUCACUUUAGGAAUAUGCACACUUUCUUAAUCAGGCAGAACCUAUGCAAUGCUGCAUUUCAUCUUGGAAUAUCAUGCAAGAAAUGUCAUGUACAGUUUCUUUAAAAGGUUAAGUACAGGAAAUGUGUGAUAGUACAGCUCUGAUGGGUUUCAAAAGGUAAUGUUCUACUUCUGCUGGAAAAUUGGUUCGUUGCACAGUGGAAGACAGAUUCACAUAUGCAAGAGUUGGAAACUAUGUUAAGAUCUCCAGACUUUGAGCACAGUGUACGGUCCACAGGAAAAUGUGAUUUCGGGGGCUCUGAAUUGCCAUAGUAAAAACAUGAACAUGGUUCAGUACUGUAAAGAAAAGUGUUAGAGUUGGGCAAAUGGAAAUGUUAGAGACAUUCCCUUUUCUGAAAGUCAGUGGAAGGAAGUAACAAAAUGGAAGUUACUUUAAAAUUCCAAAGUUUGCCAAUGUUUUUUCUUUGUUGGUUUUUAAUAUGAUUGAAUUGGCUUUCUGUUCCUUUCCGCCUUCUAUAUGUAUUUAUAUUGUGAAUAUAAAUACAUUAUAUUGCUUCUCUUGCUUGCCUUUUCUAUCUUCUGGAAGUGAAACCAUGAAAAAGGAAAGACUGAAUGCAAAAAUGUUAGACUGCUUAUUCUAGUUAUCAGUUUGACAGCCCACCUCUCACCCCUCUUGGUCAAUGUAAAGGGGCAAGUUUUGCCAUCUUCCCUACUUUGUAGGAAUACAACAGCUGUUUGUGUACGUGUCAGUUUAAACAUACCAUCUGCUUUGGGUGAACCCUAACUAUUAUUUUAAAUAAAGACCUCAUAUCUCAAUAGCUCUAACCCUUCACCUGCAGUUCUUUUUCUUGGUCACUCUAACAUGCAGUGGUGUGGGACAAAAUCUUAAUGAGCAUAAACUUACUUGCCAUUUUCCUUUAUACACUCAAAAGUGAAUUGGAGAAAGUACAAACCAAGUAUAUAAAAAUGAACAACAGUAAUACUGCUUAGACUUAAUAAUAUAAAUGCCUUAAAUAAAUAAAAUCUUCAGUUGUUAGUGGAAAGAUGUGUGACCUUACAGAUCAUCCUGGGUGGGGUGUUAAUAAAGUAGGCUCCAAUAUGUUGAAGAUAUAUUAUGAAUGUGUUGCCUUCCCCUUACAUCAGGAAUUUAUGAAACCUGUGGCCCUCUAGAUAUAGUUGAACUCUAAAUCCCAUGAGCCCCAGCCAGCAGUGCCAAUGGGCAGAGGUGACUGGAGUUGUAGUUCAACAGUAUCAGGAGGGCCACAGGUUCUGCAUCCCAGCAGUAGGGAAUAUGAUAUUCCUCUGUCAUGUGAUGAGAGAAAAUGCCAGUUGUUGAGCUACACAGAAUUUCAAUUGUGCUUAGCACAAUAAGCAGGAUAAAUACACUGCACAAACUAGUUUUAUAGGAGAGGUAUAGGAACUAGCUGGAGGAUUUCUUCUUGGUGGGCUACUAAUUGAGCUAUAAUGAUUCUAGACUUGUAGCUAGGAUUUCCAAAUUGCAAGCCAAGUACUAUUGUACUUAAUCAGGAACGGAGUACUUGUGGCCCUUAAGACGUUAUUGGACUCCCAUCGUCCCAACCACUGGCCGUAUGGGGUGCCUCUAGUAUUUUCUUGCCCACUACUCUACAUGUCUUGGGUUCCCUACCCCGCUCAGAAAAGUAGGCACCAAUUUGCAUAAACUUUGUAUAUGCUUUGUGUCAUAUUCAAAUUUAUAUCCUGUUUUGUUGAUCGGGUGGAGGACUCAAAAAUAAAUCUGUGGCCGCACACCAAGUAAUAAGAUGUUUGACCAGCUGAAUGUCAGCAGGUUUAACCUGUUGAAUUUCUGUUUGCCAUGCAGCUGUUGAAAGACUAGAGCGCCCUGCUUAAUGCCAACCCUAAACCGUGCAAAUAAUUCUAGUUUCAUGAGAUGUAAACUUUGAUGUUACAGUAGGUCUUUCAUUCAAGAUUCAGUUAAAAAGCAACCAGUGUUUUUAAACAGCAUUUUUUGUGUGUUUUUUUAGUUAUAAAAAGGUAAAGGGACCCCUGACCAUUAGGUCCAGUUGUGGCCAACUGGGGAGUUGCGGCGCUCAUCUCGCUUUAUUGGCCAAGGGAGCCGGCAUACAGCUUCCGGGUCAUGUGGCCAGCAUGAUGUAAGCCGCUUCUGGCGAACCAGAGCAGCACACAGAAAUGCCGUUUACCUUCCCACCAGAGUGGUACCUAUUUAUCUACUUGCACUUUGACGUGCUUUCGAACUGCUAGGUUGGCAGGAGCAGGGACUGAGCAAUGGGAGCUCACCCCGUCGCGGGGAUUCGAACCACCGACAUUCUGAUCGGCAAGCCCUAGGCUCUGUGGUUUAACCCACAGUGCCACCCAUGUCCCUUUUUUUAAUUAUAUCUCUUAAUAAUUAGAGCAGUGUUAUUAGCAUAGAUCAAACAGACAGCUAUUCUCUCUUAAUUUUUAGGGUUUGUAUCUUUCACACAAAUAUACCCAUUUAAGUGUUCACACCAACAGCAACAGCCCAAACAUGCACCUAUUUUCCUUCAUGGGAAAGCAAUUAAUUACCCCCUCCAUCCUACAGUAGCUUAACAGUCCCUCCUGUAUUUCUCUAAAAACAAAAGAAAAACACACCAAGAAACUGUUGGGAUACUGCCAGGGAGAUAAAGUCCAUCAUGGCCCCCAAGCCGUCUGCUGGACGAUCCAUCGACCUCCCGUAGGCACGCAGUAUCAGCAAUUAGCGACAUGAGUUUCUAGAAAAUAUCUUGCCACAUUCCAGAGCUCAUGCACACUCUAUCAGCAGAUAAUGCACAGCCAAAAGUUGCACUCAGGAGAGCAUUAUUUACAAGUUUAUUCAGCGUAGAUCAGAACACAGAAAAACAUGACUGCCUGCUUUAGUGUCUACGACACAGAGAGAGAAAACGAAAGCAACAGAAAACAUAAACAUCCUGUAAACAGGAAAUACGCAGACUUUGAGUCACAAAGCCUGCUCCCUUUUAAGGUGGAACGGAAAUAUCCUAACAGAAACUGUGUAACAACAAUGGACUACAUUCCAUAGCAACGUUGUUGUAUACUACUUUCUCUCAGCCCCCCAGUAUUGGUACAGUAACACUGGGAUACUUUGUAGGCCCGAUAUAAUUGAUGCUUUCUCAGUCACAGAGAGACGCCCACCCACCCACUGGCAAUAUGAAAAUACUAAUUAUGGAUUUUAUUUGCAUUUUUUGGAAAUGUUUACAUACAGAAGAAACAACAAUUUUAAAUGCAUGAAAUUGAACCUGAGUUAGAAAGGGCACAAACUCCUUGCCUUUGCUUCUGCUUAGUCACAGCUGUGCUAAAAUUCUGGAUUUUUUUCCACUGGGCAAUAAUCACUUCCCUACCAGGAAAAUGUAAAAACAGUUUCAGAAUAAGCCAAGAAAUCCCCUCAGAACUAACAAGGCAGCUCUUCUCUAUUGUCUAAAUUUAGAAUAAAACUUGUCUGUGACCCAGACAUCAAGUCCUCUUACUCCACUGUCUUGAGAAGGGAUCUACUGGGUUCUGUUGGAGCUGUUUUGGGGUCUUCUCCUUGGGUUUCUAUGAGUAACCCCAUAAGAGUGAGCAGCCUCCCAUCUAUCCAGUCUGGGGAACCACCCACUAACAGUGCCUCAGACUUACGUGGAUUGAGCUUCAGUUUCUUGGCUCUCAUCCAGUUUAUUACCGAGGCAAGACAGUGGUCCAACACAUUCACUGCCACACGACAGUGCUGACAGUGUAAUCAAAAGCUCUGGAUGACCCCCCACUCAGCGGUUUCAUAUAGAUGUUAAACAGCAUGGGGGAUAAAAUCGAACCCUGAGGAAACCCACAUCGAAAGCUCCACAGAGCUGAGGAGCACUCCCCAAACGUCUAUUCAAGUAGGACCAGAACCACCACCAAGCAGGGCCACUCACCCCUGACUCAGACAGCUGGUCAAUGGUAUCAAAAGCCACUGAGAGAUUGAGACAUAACAAGGAAACAUUUUUCCUGUCUCUCUCUUGACAGAGGUGCUCCUAAUCUAGUUAGGAGAUUCAUUUGCUACAUCUUAUAUUUAAUGGGAUGAGUUACAUUUUUGAAUUUAGGGAUGGGAAUGUUAUCAGGCAAUGGAAUAGAUUUGCCGCUCUUUCUAAUUUAUUAUUUUAAUCACGCAUUUUUGCUGUUUUUUAAGAAUAAAAACGUUUUAUCAUACUUGGCUAUCUAUAGAUCUGUAGAUAUCUUUAUUUUAAAAGGUAGCAUAGAAGUCUACUCGAUAUUAAAAAUGUUUUUUAAAAACCAGGAAAAUGAUUAUGCUGAGAAGAAGAUUCAUUCAGUGGAUGAUGAUGGCAUUAUCUGAAUUUGAACUUUGAUCUUUCCACAGCUUUGAACGAAGAUAGCUUGCACUACUUUUUAAAGACAUGCAGUUCUUUGGUCGACUUAUGAACACUUUAAACAAUGUCACCGGCUUGUUUUCAAACCCUUUCCGGAUCAAGGAGGUAUCCCUGGCGGACUAUUCAUCUCUGAAACGUGUGAAGUCUGAAGAUAGGAUAGUGCUGUAUGAAAAAAGUUCAUCUCACUCUUGGGAGUGCCUUCUUCUUAACCCCAAUAAUGAAAAAGUUGCUUUCCGGUGAGUGGCAGGGAGACCUUGUUUAAUUUUAGCUUCAAUCUGUUCCUUAGACCUUAAGAAACUCUGAUAUAAAACCUCUUCCUAGUAGGAGAGGGUGAAAUUGAGGGUGGAUUGGGAAGAAAGGGGAUUAAGGGGACUAUGCAGGAAUGAGGGAACAUUGCUAUAAUAGCAUAGGUUUUCAUGGUUACUUGAUAGAGCCAGUGUGGAGUAGUGGGUAAGAGCGGUAGACUCGUAUUCUGGUGAACCGGGUUCGCUUCCCUGCUCCUCCACAUGCAGCUGCUGGGUGACCUUGGGCUAGUCACACUUCUCUGAAGUCUCCCAGCCUCACUCACCUCACAGAGUGUUUGUUGUGGGGGAGGAAGGGAAAGGAGAAUGUUAGCCGCUUUGAGACUCCCUUGGGUAGUGAUAAAGCAGGAUAUCAAAUCCAAACUCCUCUUCUUCUUGAAGGGUAAUAGGUUAGGCAGGUGGGGUGGAGGACAGUGGCGGCUGGUAACUAUUGGGGCUGGUAGGGUGGAAGGCAGGGAGACCAGAGCCAACGACAGGUAGAGGCAAGUUAUUUCAGUUUGGUUGCCAUCCUCCUCCCUGCUGAGUUCUGUAAGGGCAACACCAAGACUAGGGAGGAGAAAGCUGGCAGAGAGACCCACCCCCUGGAGUUGUUGCAAGUAGGAAGGCAAGCAGGCUGGCUGAAUUGGAAGGGACCAUGAGGCUCAUCUAGUCCAGCCUCCUGCAAUGCAGGAAUCUUUCACCCAAUGUGGGGCUUGAGCCCACAACCCUGAGAUUAACAGGCGUAUUCUCUACCGACCGAACUAUCCCUCAGGUGUGUUUUGGUUCUUCUCUUUAAACCUUCUGGAGAGGGUAUAAAAUUGUCCUGUUCCAAUAGGACUUCUGACUGCUAAGUUUGAGUGAAGUCAAAUAUUUUGCAGCAGCAGCAGCAAAACAUUAAUAGUUCUUGCUGAUUGACUGGGAUUGUGGGUGUUUAUGGUCUUGCAUAUUCUUUUAUUGGAUUUUUCUUAAUUGUUUUAAUCUCUGUUGUGAGCCCCACCGCAAGCUGGAGAAGCAGGCUCUAAUCGUUCUAUAAAUUCCUUUUGUAGGCUCUUCCAGGUAGACCACGAAGGAUUUGCCCUUGAGCACUACGAGCUGUACGCAAAGAAGUUGCGCCCCUUCUAUGAGAGUUCCCACAAUCCUUUGCAGCUGGAGGUUUUGCAGCAACUGACAGACUGUUUUCGCAGCCACCCUAGCUGGUCGCUGGCUCAUGUAGCGGUAGAGGUUGGGCUCCUGGAGAGCUUCCGUCACAAUCACAUCCUGAGGUAUGAGAGCUUGGGCACCUUCUAAUGGGGAAUGACUUACAUUGCAAACUUAGUUUAGGGCAUUUCAAAUGGGAGUCUGGGGGCCAUCUUAAAGCCUUUUGCAAAUCUCCCCUCCUCUCCUUUUAAGCCCCCAAACUCAGAGGCUUAAAAGGGAACCACGGGGAAACUUGGAAAAAGUUACUAUUGUUAACUUUAACUUGUUUUAACUCCUUUUUUGUUUGGAGGGUGGGGUUGUUUUAAAUUGUUAUCAAAUGUCAAUUUGGAUUUUUGUAUUUGUUGGCUGGAGUAUUGUGUCCCAACAUGGGGCGCAGACCCCACAGGGGGGCAAUUUUAUUUUUAAGAGGGGCAAUUUGAGAAUGAGUUAUUAACAGUUAAUGGCCUGUUAGUCUUCCUCCACGUGAAUAAAUAAGAAUUAUAUGUCACAGGGGAGGAGGGCAUCAGGAUUUUAGAGAUGCUUAGGUGGGGCAUGGCCAAAGAAAAAGGUUGGGGACCACUGGUUUAGGGGCUUUUGUUGGGGAGUGUAUUGUUUAUUAGUGUGUAUACAUUAGUAUUGUUAAUUGUUUGUUUUUAUUAUGUGCUUUGUGUUUUGAUUAAACUUAUUGUGUAUUUUAUGCUUCAUAUAUGGUACCUUUGUGUUGUCAACCACCCUGAGACCUAUGGAUAUAGAGCGGUAUACAUAUUUAAACAACAACAACAAGCUCUGUAGCUCUCCUCCUGCUCCUCUUUUAAGUUUCCGAAAUUGAGUACUUAAAAGGGGAGCUGGGAUAGACUUGCAAAAUGGACAGGUGGGUGUCCCUGCCCAAUUGUUAAACUUGGCCCGUGAGGCAGAACCUGGUAAGGAUCAGGCCUGUGGAUCCCGAAAAAUCCCUGCUCUAAUGAUUGAUUUCAGUGGCUGUGGCUUGUCCUAUUGGAAUUGAACGGGACAGGGGUGGCAGUUCUUCCAGUCACUGAUCUUACCCUAUAUCAGAGCAGCAGCGGUAGAAUUUGGUUUGCUGUUCCACAAAGUAACGUUAAUGAGUUUUGCGAAGCAAACCGUUUUGGGUGGGGAUAUGCGAUUCUGGCUGGUUUUGCACUUGGGCCCAGCAUUGUGCCCGGAAUGCCUCCAUCUUGCAUUGCAGCUGCAUAAACAGCAACAGCGGCGACAAUGAAUGUACCCCGGUGCACUUGGCCUGCCAAAAGGGAGACAUGGAGUGCCUGCGGGAGCUGGUGGAGCAGUGCCAUGCCCGUCUCGAUGUCACCGACAAAAAUGGAGAUACCGUCUUCCACUACUCUGUCCGAGGGAACAACCCUGAGAUCAUAGAGGUGAGGAUGUUAACCGAGAAAGGUGGGUUUCCUGGUAGAAAGAAGAAAAUGAAGGGAAAGGUGCAGAAGCAGAGGAAAUAGGAACUUUCCAUGUCCGGAGAAGCUGGAGAGAGACGGUUCCCUAUGAGUUUAUGGGACUUUUCUUGCAGAGCCAGUGUUGCUCUGUGUUUAGAGUGUUAGACUAGGACCUGAGAGACUGGGGUUUCAAUCCCCACUUGGCCAUGAAUCUCACUGGGUGAGUCACUCCCUCUCAGCCUAACCCACCUCACAGGGUUGUGGGGAGGGCUAAAGGAGAAAAGGUAGAGCCAUAUAUGUCACCUUGAGCUCCUUAGGGGGAAAAAGGUGGGAUAUAAAUGCAGUAAGUAAGUGGUUCCUAACUGGUGGUCUGUAGACCCAGGGGGUCCAUGUAAGGCACCCGAGGGUCCAUGGAACAUAUCCAUCAACUGUCUGGAACUUCCUCUUUUGGGGGGCUGUGCUCUCAUGGGAGAGUACUGCGUCCAAAAUCGUGUGAGAGCACGGCACCCCAAAGCGCACACUUUUGGGUGCUGUGCUCUUGCGUGGGUCACAUGACUUGUGCAGGAGCGUGGCCCGAAAGACGUCUGGCCUGGUUUUGCUCUGGAGGGUGUGGUGACACCAUUCCCAUAACAAAAAAACUACCGGCGAGAUAUCAACUUUUUCAGAGUAGGGGGUCCAUGGCUUGGCUGUUGAAAAGUGGGGUCCGUAGUACUUAGCUAAUUGGGAACCACUGUGAUGAAUAAAUGAAAUGUAAAGAAUGUUUCUUCCAUGGCUAAGGGCAAAACUAUGCAUUGUGUGGUGAGUUCCCGCCUCCCCCCUCAGAAAUAAAGACACAAGACACAAGAAUUCGAGUUAAUGGGUCAAAUUAGGCCACAACUUUAUUGAUUACAAGAUUUGAGCGGUAUUGGCUUAGGCAUUGGUCUUAUCAACUAACCGGCUUCAGCCUGCUUGCUUGAAGACCGGUAAGGGUUAACCACCAGUAGGGGGAGUCCCGCUGAUGUGCGUCAACUAGGAACUCCCCCGGGCCCACUCACCAGUUUUCUUCUAUACACAAUUUCUGGUCUGGUAUUCCUGCUGAGUCAUCUUAUCCAUCCUUCAGAGUCUCCAAACUUGAGUGACAUUGUUCAAUUGUUGCAGCUCAUGGGCAAGAGGUCAACUGCCGCUUUGGACCAUGUGAAUGAUGAAGGAAAGAGCCCUUUGCACCUGGCCUGCCAACUGGGCAAAGAAGAUGCUGUUCAUGCUCUUUUGAAGGUCAAUGCUAAGUGCAGCAACAUGGGAGCACUCGGCUACCCCAUCCACAUUGCUAUGAAACACUCCCAGAAAAGGUGUGUUUGCUUUUUUCAUUUGGAUAAGAGUGCUAGAAUUUUUUUUUUUGCUAAUAACUAUAUUUUUGCAUUAACUAUAUUUUUAUUUCCCCACCCCACCCCACUUCCUCCCAAAGGAGGUGGCGAACAAGGAAACAAGGCCAAAAUCUGAAACAUAAACCACCUUUUCUCACAACAAAUAUGUUUCGGAGUUGCCUGAAGAAAUAGCAAUGUUCAUGCCACACAUUGAAAGCACUGUGGGGCCACUUUAAACAGUCACGGCUUCCCCCAAAGAAUUCUGGGAGCUGUUGUUUGUGAAGGGUGCUGAAAGUUGUUAGGAGACAGCUGCCCCACCCCUGAUUUAACAGUACAAUAUUAAAAGGAUACAUGAUUGGACCAUAAAGGUAAAGGGACCCCUGACCAUUAGGUCCAGUCAUGGCCAACUCUGGGGUUGCGGCGCUCAUCUCGCUUUAUUGGCCGAGGGAGCUGGCGUACAGCUUCCAGGUCAUGUGGCCAGCAUGACUAAGCCGCUUCUGUCAAAGCCAGAGCAGCGCACAGAAACGGCGUUUACCUUCCCGCCGGAGCGGUACCUAUUGAUCUACUUGCACUUUUGGGCAUGCUUUCGAACUGCUAGGUUGGCAGGAGCAGGGACCGAGCAACGGGAGCUCACCACGUUGCGGGGAUUCGAACCGCCGACCUUCUAAUUGGCAAGUCCUAGUCUCUGUAGUUUAACCCACAGCGCUACCCGCGUCCCCUGAUUGAACCAUGGAGUGGGCUUAAACCUGGACCAGUUUUCCUUGGAGCCAUUGCUGGCACACCUGCCACUUCCAAGGCCCAAGGCACCAUGCUUCCCUCUUCUUUUGCAUGUACACACUUGCAGGCUGCUUAAUGGAGCCUUGGAAGUGUCCCCUACCUACUGAAUAUUCAAGGAUCCAUGCAGUGAGCGGGCAGGUGUUUGUCGUAUCCCUUCAUUCUUUUCCUUCUUGUUCUUCUGCUCCAGAUGUGCUCAGGCCCUUCUUGAUAAGGAGAUCAGCCAGAUUCAGCUGCUAGACCCACGCUACGGAGCGACGCCACUCCACUGGGCCAGAAAUGCUGAUGUAAGCGGGUAGUCUGCUAGCCGGCUAGACAUCUUUGCUUUAAAGAGUCUUGCUCUCCUGGUCAUGUCUCCACAAAGAGCUCCUUUCCGUUCCCCAUCUCUGACCUUCUGAUCUGUGUGUAGGCUUGCUGGCUCCUGGGUCUUUAAUACCUGCAUGGCACUAAGAUGCUUGGGGAGGGGAUGGUGGCAUGUCUUUUCUUGCCAGCAUAUGUCAGAAAUGGGAUAAGCUUGUACCUGCCGACUUCUUCCUGAUGCUAAAAGCAGCCUUCCCCAUCUUGACCUUGUUGGGCUUCAACUUCCAUCUGCCCCUGCCAGCAUAGGUUGAUGGGAGCCGUAGUCCAAAUAAUCUGGAGAGCAUCCGUUCCAUAUGGACCUGUUUAUCCUCUUCCUGACCUCUCCAGCUGGAGUCCUCCUCCAAUGGCGACUGUGGAGAGUAAUAGGGGUUCUGUUGCAGCAGACAUUAUGUGGAAUUGCCUCCCAAGGGAUUCUAACCCUUUUUUCAUUUUAAGAAGGACAAUAAAGAUAUUAAUCAACAUGGCAUUUAGAGGUAGUUAGGGAACUUGGGUGGCAUUUUUAUUAACUGGUUGCUCUUGCUGCCAGUAUUGUCAUUAUUUUGACGGCCUUGUUUGAGUUGGUUUUUAGAGUUCCAUUUGUAAACUGAUUUUUGCUCGAUUGUUUGACACUCCCCAUCUGACUCCCAGUCUCAGGUGAUUUACAGUUUUAUUUAUGCAUUCAUUAAAAUUCUAUAUUGCCCUUCAUCCGAGGAUCAGAGGGUGGUUUACAAUAUAAAAACGCAAAAAUACGCAACAUAAUAACAAACAAAAAAGCAGUAACCCCCCAGUUUAUAAGGUCAUAGAUUGGUUUGAGAACAGCAACCUUAAAAUAAAACAUGCAAGAAUCACAAAUAUAACACAGAACCAGCUUCCUUAGAGUCCAAUGCCAGCUGAAAAAAAAUUACUUUCAUUGUUUUAUGGGACAGGAGAAGAGAAGCAAGGGAGCAAGGAUGCUCAAAGUGGAUAUCACAGGCCGUAGGACUGAAAUGUUUCCAAGUAUUUAACUUAAUUUUUCCCUCACAUAAACGUAACAGUUAGAGUAAAUAUUUUGGUGGGCCUGAAAUCUAAAAUAUUUAUCUCCAUACAAGCACUGUAGUGCUUUUAUCAGCACAGAGAGAAGUCAUCUGAUUUCUUUAGCCUUGUGGAGCUUAGGGUAUCCAAAAUAUUAGGUUCUCUACAGGGCUGUACUGUGGGAGUUUGCAAACAUAAACAGCCUCAAAGUUGUACAAAAUAGAUUUCUAAGACAAGCCCAUGGCUGCAAACCCGCCCCCCCAAUAAUACACGCUUUCCUGACAUAGACAGAAGUUAGGACCUUUUACCAUUUCCUGCAAAAUUAAAAUACUGGAUGCAUUAAAUUAUACAUAAUCUUCCCAGACCCCACUGGAUCUCCUGAAGGAAGGUGGAUCUCCUGAAGGACUUUUGUAUUAGAAGCCCUUAUACAAGGCUACAGUAUCCUAUGUUACACAAGAGGCAGAGCAAAAGCAAAACAGAAUGUGAUGAAGCAGAAAGGCACUUGCCAAAGGGGGCAGUUAAGCGGAAAAACUGUAUAUUGUUAUGGUAACUGAGACAUUUACUGUGAAUUGGGUGUCCCUCUUUCUGUUGUGUUUGUUGCCUUAUAAGCGAGCACAAUGUGUGAAAUCUGUACAAUGUCUUUAUUGGUGAGAUAAUGUGUGAGUUGAGGCAAGAGCCUUAAACUUAUAAUUUUUGCGCUUCUAUGAGCAUGGGUUCAUCUUUCAGAGCAAUAAUUCUUCUCUUUGGCCUUAAAUCUAGGGUUUUCAAAAUCUUAGGCAUCUUCCUUUUUAAAUAUUUGUUUAUUGUUUCAAAAAGAACAUAAUCAAAAAAAGCACAGCCCUAUUCAAAUACAUGCAGCGAUUUCUCAUUUGCAUAAAAGUAUCUUCCCAUAUGCCCCAGGUACCUUGUUUGUUUUAUCGUUGAAAUAAAUCUGACCUCACCGGUUCUGGUGAAGAAGCGCUUGUGAUCCAAAGUGUUGCUUUGUGCCUUUCCCCCUUGUCUCCUAGAUGACCCGGCUCCUCAUUGACUAUGGCUGCGAAGUGAACGCCCUCAGCAAGACCGGGGAGUCGGCCCUGCACAUCGCUGCCCGGCGGGGGCGCUUUGAUUGCACCAUGGUGCUGCUGACGAAUGGAGCCAUGGCAAAUGUGAAAGGGGCAGAUGGCAACACCCCACUGCACCUGGCCAUGAAGGUGGGCUUCUCAUCUGCUGGAUGCUUGCUUUUCCAGAACUGAAGGGUGGGGCAGGGGCUGAGAGGAGAAAGGAGAAAAGUGCAUAACGUCUGCAGAGAACCCCCCCUUUUUUUUGUAUUCUUCUGUUGUAAUAAUAAUAAUAAUAAUAAUAAUAAUAAUAAUAAUAAUUUUUAUUUAUACCCUGUCCUCCCCAGCCAAGGCUGGGCUCAGGGCGGCUAACAAGCAAUAAUAAAAACAAGUUGAAUGAAUACAACUUAAAAACAAGAUUAAAAUACAACAUUAAAAUAUUGAAACAUUAAAAUAUUAAAAUGCAGCCUCAUCACAGGAGGAGAAAGGAAAAAGGAAAAAGAAAGAGGAGGAGGGAAUCAAAUUGGCUCCAAGCCAAAGGCCAGGCGGAACAACUCUGUCUUACAGGCCCUGCGGAAAGAAAUCAGAUCCUGCAGGGCCCUGGUCUCAUGAGGCAGAGCGUUCCACCAGGCCGGAGCCAGAGUUGAAAAGGCCCUGGCUCUGGUUGAAGCCAGUCUAACUUCCUUAGGGCCCGGGACCACUAGGGUGUUGCUAUUUAUGGACCUUGAGGCUCUCCGUGGGGCAUACUGGGAGAGGCAGUCCCAUAACAAUCUGUUCUGGUUCAAUAUGUAGACAUAGCCCAGGGGUGGGCCACCUUUUCAGCCAGGUGGGCCGGAUCCUAAUCUCCAAAAGCCCCAUGGACCAGGUUUGGUGGGUGGGGCAUGGCAGCCCAGCAGUCUGUCACCUGGCAUCAAUAUGACAUCAGGUGACAGCAGUGCAUCUGAAGGAUGUUUCCAGGUGGGUUCAGUGGAAGCUGCUUCCAAAUGCACUUCAAAGUGAAGGCCACACCUUUCCCUGCCUCCCACUAGGCAUCACAUACAGCAUCAAGGGCAGGGCAGGUGGGUGUAGUUUGAUGGAAAUGACAUCCCAGGCCAAAUUAGAACCCUUGUGUGCCUAAUGAGGCCCAUGAGCCAAAGUUUUCUCAUCCCUCAAUCCUAGUGCCUCAAUCUUCCUUUCCUGAAUAUUUUUGUCUGUCUCUCCGCAUGCAACCCGUCUAGUUAAAGUGAUCCUCCUGCAUGAAGAGACUCACAGAAACAUAGCUAUUUGGGUAGGAUAUAUUGGCAGCUCACAGUGUGUUUGCCAAGAUGGCCGCCGGGUGGGCAUUCCAGCUCAGGAAGCUGAGGCUGGAGGGAGCUCCUGGCAACACUUUUCCCUUUACAAGCUCUUUUCCUCCCUGCAGCAAGACCAUCUAGAAAUGAUCAAGGCCCUUAUUGUGUUUGGAGCAGAUGUGGAUGUCCCCAAUGACUUGGGGGAGACACCCGGGUUGUUGGCGGCCAGGAUGAGCAAAGGUGAGAGGGGGGACCUGUGGGGAGGGAAAGGGAAGUAUGGGAGCUGGGUGGAAGACAAUGGUCCAGCACUGCCACAGCUACAGAGGUAAAGGAGAAAUAGAGCUGUGUGUCGUCAGGAUAUGGCUGGCAACGUACUCCAUAAUUCUAGAUUUGGAGAAUCCCUUUUGUGACCUUGUGGCCUCUUGCACAGAUUUGUUCUGCCCAGGGGAGGUAUGGUGAGAAUCUCAGGCCUAAGGAGCACAAACAAGGCCCCAGCUGUGGCAUAGGAUUCUGAGGAUCAGGCCACAAUCUCAGCGGGUUACUUAAACCACACACCCCGUUCUCUCUUGAGGCAACCACCUCCAGCCCUGUGUUUUUUUCAAACCAGGUACAUGGGAUUAGUCUGACUCACAGCAGGCAGCAGUGACCAUUUCCUUUAUAUUAAUGGAUUUUCCUCUCUAAUGCAUGUGACGCUCUCACCAUAUCAAAGGUGCCAAUCGGAAGGUGCUCUUAGACCUGCUGAAAAUUGUAGGGAUUGACCGCUUCCACCCACCUGGCAUAUCAGUACCAACUACUUCCACUUCCCAGGAAGGACUACCGCCCCCGAGGAGCACUAACCAAAACCUAGGUAACAGACUACCUAGCCCUGUGCUUCUCUCUGUGUCUCUGCUUCACUAUCACUGUUUUAGGACCACUUUUUCUUCCAGUCUGGGAAGGCAUUUACAUGUCGGAAUAAAUGUGAAACUUGAGCACGUGAUCGUCUCAGUUGAGGGUUGAACCAAGGUUUCCUGUUGCAGUGCGAAUGUGCUGGGGAAACCAUGGCCAGUUGCUAAUGGCACAGUGCUGGGAUUCUUCCUUAAGGUCUGUUGCAGGGACGGAUAAGCUGUGGCUUUUCAGAUGGUGUUGGCUUCCAGCUCCCCAUCAGCUCUCGUUAGCAUAGCCAGAGAUGAUGGGAGUUAGCUUUGCCAUCCCUGUUCUAUGACCACAAAUGUCCUGACAGUAUCAGUCAUUUCCCUCUCUUUCUCCUUCCUCUUCUUUUUCUGCUUUGCUAUAUUUAUAUGCUAAUAUUCCAGAAAGGACCAAAUGAUGAUGUAGCUCCUGGUAAGUGUUUAGGGGAAGCAGGAAGGAUUGCCAUGUUCAAUAGAAGACUUUGCCUUUUGAUAGGGAUGUUUUUUAUGAUAUAAUGGUCAUGGCAAUGGACUGUGUGCUUGCUACGUAUCUUCCUUGGAUACAGCAAUUAAAGGUAUGAGAACCUUGUCUUCUAUUGCAUAGGGCCAUUGGGGUGAUGGGGAACUCAGUUCCUAGACUCUCAGGUUCCUAGUCUACUGCACCUGCUUCUAAACAUCCUGCUGAACAGAAUAUUUGCCUUUCUUUUCCUUGGCUCUCUAGAAUUCCAGGACGUCAUUCAUGUCUCUACAGCACUUGGUACCUUGCUGAAAAAACAAGAUGUGGUCGAUCUUGCCACCGAGAGGAAAAAAAGGUAAGUGGGUUAGUAAGUUAGUAAGUUAGUAAGAUGGACUUCAUCAAGUCUGCAAUGCUCUGUCCUGUUGUGAAAACUGAUAAGACUCAGAGAGAGGAGACCAUAGUAAACCACAGUUAAUGAUGUACUUUGAGUGUGCUGAUUCAGGAGAAACGAACUAGGAUACCUGGCUUAGUGUCAUGUCUUUAUCCAAGGACCAGGAUUUCUUCUGCUCCAAACAAAUCAUGGUCUGUAACCCAAGAGCAAACCUUGGCUACAGACCAUGGUUGAAUUGGAGCAGAAAAAACCCACAAUCCUAGGUUCAGCCAGGAUUGUUUCUCCCACACACCAGAAGGAAGAAGUUGCCCCAAUUUGGGGCGUUCAUGCAAACUAUAAUGUGUGAAUGAGGUCACUGCAUGCCCAGAGAGGAGGGAUCCCUACCCCAUUUCUCCCCUACCUGCUUGCAUCAUAAGCAGGGAGGGGAAGCUUUCUGGCCCUCCAAACAUUGCUGAACUCCCAACUCCCAUCAGCCCUAGGAAGCACGACCAGUUCUCAGGGAUGAUGGGACUUGUAGUUCAGCAACAUCUGGAGAGCCAGAGGUUCCCCACACCUGAUCCUCAGCAUACCUUUCAAGAACUACAGUUCUUCCUCACCUAGGGCAGGGAAGAUACUUUGAUGGUUAGAAUGUUGCCCCAUGAGGCAUCUGAAUUUUAGGAGUGAAUAUGACCUUGGGAACAUUAAACUCCUUCUCUCCUCUCUUCCUUCCCCUCUCCCCUUCUCUAGUCAAGACCGCCUUUUGAGUCUGGAUGGUGGGGGUGUCCGGGGCCUGGUGCUCAUCCAGUUCCUCAUCGCUAUAGAAAGAGCUGCAGGGCGUCCCAUCCGGGAUCUGUUUGACUGGGUCGCUGGGACGAGCACGGGGGGAAUCCUGGCAGUGUCUGUUAUACUAGGUAAGGAAAGAGCACUCGUGUGGGUCCACAGGUGGAGGAGGAAAUCUCCCUACCUGGUGGGGGAAGAGUUCUGGAGUGAAAGAGAAAGGAUGAGUGUUGGAUAUCUUCCUGGCCUAAAAGACUGUUCCUGCCAUCUGUGAGAGAAGUGGCCCUGACUUACUGCGGCUUUCCCCAGGCUGUGGGAUGCUAUUGGGCUCCCAACUCCCAUCAGCCCCUUGCUUUCUGGCCCUGCUAAAAAUUAUGAGUAAAGCAACAUGGAGGGCACCAGGUUGGAAAAGACCUGAUGGAGAAGCAAGGGGUUUGCUUUUCACGAGGGAUGGUUGGAAGUGGGUUUCGCAUUUCUGUCCAAGCUGCCACGUGGCAAAGCUGACUGUGUACUCUGAUCCUAAUCUACCCAAAUGCUUGCUUUAGUCUGGUUUUACAAUGCUUGGAUUUUUGCAGACUUUGCAAACAGGGGAGGCACAUAAACCAUACUCUGUUCUUUGGUGAUUCUGCCCCUUUCUCUUCCAUGUCUUCUCCACUAACCUUUAUUCCACUUUUUCUAUCAUCCUCAUGGCUGCUUUUGUAUAUUGCAGCAAAACAUGGGUCUUCGUGUUUCCGCAAAAAGUUAUUUUCUGAGUUUCCAAGCACUCCAAAUGCCCUUCGAACAUUACGGAGGAGGAAACAGCACCAGGGCCGUCUUACCCAUAGGCACUAUGGGUGUGGGGCACCUGGGCACCGGGCUUUCAGGGGCACCAGGCCGAGAUUCCGGGGCCCAAGAGUUGGGUCUAGGGAAGAGAGUCGCGGCGGGCUCUUCUGCUGUGGGUGGCUCUGCGCCGCGAGUUUGGGGGUGACUGAGCCAGCGAGACGCUGAGGCGGCCGGCCAGCUCUGCCCUCCUGCGUGCCUGGGACUGGGCAACCGGGGGGGAGGGGUGCCGGGCGGAUCUUUGCACCCCGGCGCCACAUAUGCUUAAGACAGCCCUGAACAGCACGUGUGUGUGUGUUUGUGCACAUGCACACACACACACAACCCAUGAGGUACCACUAAUGCCCUUCUGCCUCUCAGGGAAGCCGAUGGAAUACAUGCGCUGCUUGUACUUCCGCAUGAAGGACGAGGUGUUCCGAGGGUCGCGGCCCUAUGAGUCAGAACCCCUUGAGGAAUUCCUGAAGAAGGAGUUUGGAGAGCAUACCAAAAUGACGGAUGUCAAACAACCCAAGUAAGUAAAACAGCAGUGACUGGUGCCCUUUGCAACUAGUAUGGAGGAAGGCGGAGGGGACGGAUGACUGUGGGCAGAGCUGGACCCAUUGAUAGGCUGUUCCAAACCAAUGACAGGCCACGCUGACUAAUUCUAGGAUUGUCCCCAACCCCCCCUCCCUUCUACAAGGAUGAAACUAAGAAGGAAUCCAACAUCCAGGGUGAGUUUUAAGUCAGAAGGCAGGCAGGUGGGGGCUGACUGAGGCCAGACUGAGGUUAGGAGGACAGUGCCCCAUUUGCCCUAAUGGACGAGACCUCCACUGAGCCAAAACCAGAGGGAUGCUGUCUUUGCCCUUUAUCAUGGUGGCUUCCUGAUCUUCUGUCCCUGGAGGAGGGAGAUCAUAUCUAUGAUUUAUCUGUUUGAGGCAGGACCAGAAAGCACAUAACAUGGUUUUUAAUAUUUAAAAUAUUAUAUUUUUAUAUAUGCUGGAAGCCACUUAGAGUGGCUGGGGCGACCCAGUCAGAUGGAUGGGGUACAAAUAAUAAAGUUGUUGUUACUCUGCUGAAUCUAAGCAGGUUUGGGUCACCUCAGUGCCAAGGUGGGAGGAUUGCCUGGGGGUGCUGCCUUAAAAUCCCAUGGAAGAGAGGUGGGAUAUAAAAAUAAUAUGUGAAGUUGCCAUGUGCUGAGUGUCUAGCCCAGUAUUGGCCAGUCUACUGUGGUUGGUAGUUAGGCCCAAAGUCACAAGAAUCAUAAAGAUGGAAGAGCCUUGGAGGUUAAUGAGCCCAAUCCCCUGUUCAGGCUGCCACUACAGCAUCACUGACACAGAUGACCAGCUAUCUCCAGUGGAGCCUUCACUACCUUCCAAGGAGAUGGUUCCAUGUCAAACAACUCUUACCAUUGGAAAUCUCCUCCUUGCAUUCAGGUGGACAUUUGCUUCCCUGGUUCUAAGUUCUGUUCUCUGGAGCAACAGAUAUCCUGAGAUACUUUUACUGGAGAUGCCAGGAAUUGAACCUGGUACCUUCUGUAGCCUCUUCCCCUUACAACCAAGCUGAAAUCUUGUCUUCAUUCCUCAAAAUCCCUUACAGACUCAUGUUGACAGCGACGCUAUGCGACCGACAGCCUGCUGAGCUCCACCUGUUCCGGAAUUACAACCCUCCAGAAGGAAGAGGCAAAUCCCGUUACAAGUCGUCGGGUUUGUUUCAAGCGUUGACCAGGCCUGAAGGUAAAAGACUCGCUUGCACAGCACUCUUGUGGAGUCAAGGUGCUUGUUGAAGAAAAGCAAGCUCCUACACAAGGAUUCUUCCUCCCCCUUCCUCGUUUUGUGUGUGUGCCUCUCCAAGCAAUACUGAUCAUACAUGUUAUGAUGAUCUCCGUAUAGGAUGGACCACGUCUUGGGUGAAGUUGGAACAGAUCAGUCUCCCUAGCUUGUGUACUUGCACCAAAAUAAACCUUGUGCAAUUGUGAAUGCAACAGUGUACAUGUUUUCCUCUCUUCUCAGAGGUUAUUUCUGUUCUGAAAAAAAUAACUUAUGGAGCAGGCAAUAGUGGCCAGCAGUACUUGGUACCACGGUAGAAGCAUACCAUGCAGUGCGGGAUAAGUGACCCAUCCUCUGCUAUUCUUUCUCCAACGGUUUAGGUGCAGUCUCAGAAAUAGGAUUGUGUUCCCUCAUUUGUCUGGGCUAAAAAUCUGCCGAUGGAUUUAUCUUGUAUUUUUGGAAUCCAGCUGUGCACGUUCCAACCAACAUAUUCCCUGCCUUCAUUUCACUUUGUGCAGGAAAGAUAUUUGUGAUGUUGGCUGGCACAGUCAGUCCACUCCUACUUUUUGUGUUGUAAAUGUGUGCAAUCACAGCCAUUCAUCCUUUUCUCCACUCUGUCCAUGAGCUUUUGCCAGCUGUGUUAUAGCAUCAGAGUUUGUCUCUUACGCCACUUCUGGCCAGUCUGUUUCAUUCUUCUGGUUGUUUCCUGGUCCUUAUUUGCUGUUGCCGCCUUUAAAAGGUUUCCUAGGUUGUCACCGUGAAAGUUCUCUGAACCCUUGGUGUUUGCUUAGUCAUUUGGAUGGUGAUCCACUGUUUGUCACUUGAGCAUUGGAGAACCCACAGCUAAUAGGGGUCUUUUGGCAUCAGCUCUCCCAUCUUUCAUAUGGGGAUAAUAAUCAGAUGUGUUUUAGAGAUUGUCCUUGUUAUGUGGAUUAUUGAGAGAAUGUAUGCACAUUAAGCUUUUUGAACCUGUAAAGCAGGGAUGGAGAACCUGUGAGCCUCUAGAUACUGUUGGACUCACAUCAGGCUCAGCAAUCAUGGCCAGUGGUCAGGGAUGAUGGGACCUGUAGUCUUGCAGCAUCUAGAGGGGCACAGACUCCCCUCCCUGCCCUGCAGUACUAUGUGCAUUCUUAGUAGCAGCAGAUCUUGUCCUAGCAAUCAGCAGGAUGCACAUAGUUUAGUCUGUGGAGGGAAAGACACAUCUUUCUUUGUUUCCCCCUCACAGAUCAGCUGAUGUGGCAGGCUGCUCGUUCCAGCGGAGCUGCCCCAACAUAUUUUCGGCCCUUUGGACGCUUUCUGGAUGGAGGUCUGCUGGCCAACAACCCCACCAUGGAUGCCAUGGCUGAGAUCAACGAGUGCAACAAAAUCUUAAUCCAGAAUGUAAGCUUAAGUGGCACGCCUCAUUGCACUUAAAAUUCUGGGGGUUGUGGCUCCUACAGAAGAAGCAUUUCCUCCGUUGCUAAAAGCACCCAGAGCAGGAUGCAACAUAAUCCUAGUCAAUACAAAGUACAGAUAAAAAAAAAAAAAAAUACAAAGUACAGAUGGGGCAACCAGUUUUUAGCAGCAAAUAACACAAUGCAGUAAACAAAAACCCUACAACAGCACCAAGUGUAAAAUACAUUGCACACUAAAACUAGGUGUUAAUGCUUUAAAAGAUGACAAAAUACAGCUUUAGAAUAGGUUCAGCUUUGCUAACCGAUGUUCUUUGCCUCCCAUUCUUCCAGGGUGAGGGUCACAAGGUGAAAAAGCUGGGAGUGGUGGUCUCUCUCGGGACUGGGAAGGCACCACAGGUCCCUGUGAGCUCAGUGGAUGUCUUCCGCCCCUCAAACCCUUGGGAGCUGGCCAAGACUGUCUAUGGGGCUAAAGAACUGGGCAAGCUGGUGGUGGACUGCGUGAGUAUUAGAUGUGGAUGGAUCAGUGGAAUGGAACAACCAGAUGUUAGCAGAGAACGUCUUCAUUUGGUGGGGAUGGGAAGGUAGCAAUAUAUUUACCAGCUCAGACUCCCAAUACAGGUGAAGGAAUUGCCUUAUAGGGUUUCAGAUGGAGACAUUCACAACCCUGCUUAGAGAUGAUGGGGACUGGACUGCAAAUCAGACAUCCUACCACUGAUCUCUGGCCCUUCUCCAGAUCCUAUUAAAAGGGUCUCAUUGCUAAGGAAAGUCAAUUCAUUGAUUUGGAGGAGCCCUCCCCACCCCAAUAUUUUCAACAAAAUUUUCUAGGGAAGUGUCAAAGCAACUUCUGGAGGGUAUCAUGCUGGCUACCCCUGCUUUAAUGUGACAUGCAAGCACAACCACUGUAGACUCACAAGGACAAAUUUGGCUGAAGUGAAUGGACUCCGAGGUUUUCCUUCGUGACCCGAUUUGCAAGUCGCUGCCACAAUACAGACGUUAGAAUAUUAUGAAGGCUCUGGAAAAAAAAUUUCUGUUUCUACUUAGGGAAAACAGUGCAUUUUCUUGUAUUCUGCGGCUAAGCUAGAAGCAUUGUGUUUAGGAGAAACUUUCCCCUCCAAGCCAUAUUUGUGCAAUGCCUGCUUGUUUUGUCUUAGGCUUCUUUUACCUUGUAGUCCUGGGUAUUUGAGUCAUAGGAUGGAUCACUUCCUAAUUGCGUUGAUGUCUCUUUGCAGUGCACUGAUCCAGAUGGGCCAUGUGUGAACCGUGCAAGAGCCUGGUGUGAGAUGAUAGAUGCCCAUUAUGUCAGGUAUAGGACUUGUCUACCUUGAUGUUCUGUGCAGGUUGGAAAGAGCAUGGCUGGAACCCUUGAAUCUCCGGUUCUCAGAGACUCUGCAUGGUGUGUGUGUGUGUGGUUUGCACACAGAAAGUCCCAGGUUCGAUCCCUGGCAUCUCCAGUUAAGGGCUGAGAGAGACCCCCCCCCCCAAAACCCUGUAGAGCCACUGCUGGUCAUUGUAGACCACAUUUAGUUAGGUGGAGCAAAGGUUUGACUCAAUGUAAAGCAGCAUCUUCUGUUAUACUAAACCAGGUUAGGAUUGUGUCUCUGCUAAUUAUGUAAGCUAACAGCAGAACCUUACUCAGUGGCAGACUUUGGGCCCUCAAAUUUCAGCGGCGCCCUGUGUCACGUUGACCCCCCUCCCUGCCUCUCACACUUUGUUCUACAGCAUUGUUUUGGUGUCCCCUGCAGUGCAACCACACCAGGCACCCUAUCCUAGAGCCAUCUCUGCUUUGCUGCAGCUGUGGCUUACAUUUUGUCUUUCCAGAGCAGCAGUCAGCCAAGGGACUGAUUUUAUGCAGUCCCUGCAAUCAAUCAAUCAAUCAAUCAAUCAAUCAAUCAGACCUCUGGCAAGGAUAAUCUGUCCCUGCCUUGAUAGCCCUCUGAGAGCAGUUGCCCAGUUCAUGUAAUAUUCUUGUGCAGGGUAUAACUGUGUUGACAGUGGAGCAGGGCUGCACUUUCAGCCCCCCUCCCAGUAUCCGGUCUGUUUCCUGUAAUAGCCACACAUUGCACACUGUUCUCUGCAGCAAAAUUCUUAACACAGAAGCCCCUGCUAUAUGUAGGGGGUUUGUGCAGUUGGGACACCUGCCUGUGCAACACAGGCGAGUCCUUUCCUCACAGCCCUUUUGUGAGGCAGGUUUAGGCAGAGUGAAAGUGCUCUGAGUUGCAUUAUGUGGAGGUGCCGUCAAGGAGUGAACUUGGAAGCAGGCAGAAAGACUUUGGGGCAGAAGCAGAGUGAGGGUCUCCCGAGUGCAACCGUGCUUUUGAAGCAAUGUGCAUUACCAUCUGAAGAACAGGAAGGAGAAGGAAUGUAAAACCAUUAAGGCCAGAGUUUAAAAUUACCUAGCCAUGCCAGAGACAGGUGGUCGGUGUUAACUGAGAAGAUAAGUCUGGAGAGAAGGGGGAGGGUUUGGGUGAGUCAAGAGCUUAGUCCUUAACCGUGGGGAAUGGCUCAGGCUGAAGAACUGGGGCAGGCUUGACACAUUUACGGGGAAAGCUAAAACCCCACUGGCCCCUUCCAUCACCUGAUGAAGCUACUAAGUCAGCCUGGGCAUGUCAAGUAGAAGACUGCGCUACCUCUUCCUGGCCAGCUGUAUCAGUUGCCCCUGAGAGCAAAAGAAUGGGAAACUGAAAGCACCGAUGUGACUGCAUCUGGCAAAAUGCCAUGGAGUUAAAGGUGUCCAAAGAGUUUGCCUGCCAGAGCCCCUGAUUUGAGAUUGUCGUUGCCUUGCACCCGUUGCACUUUGGGGAUCUCUAACUGCGUCUCUACUGCACCAUAGCACUCUCUUGAGCAUUGGGUUUUCUGUCUUGUUUUCCAUUGCCUCUGCCUUCUAUCUCGGAGACUUGCCUUUUCAUCUCCAGUUGCCAGGCAUAGGCCAAACUCUUGCUCUCGUUCCCGUCUUGCAGCACCCUAAUGCAUUCUUGGCACCUGCAGGUUCAACCCUCCUUUGGAGCUGGAUGUGAUGCUGGAUGAGGUGAGCGAUGUGAUCCUGGUGAACCUUCUCUGGGAAACUCAGAUGUACAUUUUCAAAAACUGGGCAGAAUUUCAACAGCUGGUAGAGAUGCUCCUGGUUCCGUGAUGCUUUGCAGCGCUGCCACGCCUCCCUGCCGCAGCGACCCUGGAUUCUCAGCAAGGAGUGGUAGAUUCCGCUGGCCUGUGGCCCCUUCUAUUCAUGGCCAGAAACCGACUGGAAGAACUGGAGGGCUGCACCCACCGAAACGUCUUUCAGCUUGCCCAGUUCAAGUACUUGCUGUGGCUGCUCUUUCCGGCAUGCCUGAUUCCAGUACACCAGCCGCCUUUAUAACUGGAAGGGGCUGACUACGUUUCUCUUGGCUUGUGUGUGAUAACAUGGGAUCUAACUGACCAGAGUUGGACUAUCUCUGCUGCUUCUGGGCAUAUUGGGCCAGAUGCAUUGUCUGACAUGCUGGGUUUGACUAACGUGCCUUUCUGUCCAAAAUUAUACAUGAGCUGUUAAAACAAACUGAAUUGCUUGUUUCUCUCCCCCAUGCCCUUUCCUGGUUGUUUUUUGCUUCCUUCUUCCUGGUUCCUCCUUGCUUGAUCUGAGUGGCCGAGAGGCGAGAGCAGGAAGGAUGGGCUGGGUUUGACAAAUUAUUCCAGACAGUAUUUGCCCACCAGCAGAGGUGUGGAAGGCUUCUUCUCCCUGCUUAUGAAGAACUUCCUUAACCAGAAUAAACAGUGUACAGGGGAUCAAAAAUUAAACCAAGUUAGCGAGGAGACCUUUAAUUGUCAGAUCCAAUGAUCAGGCACACAUUCCAGUGUCUGUUUUUUCCUGUUCUCCUAUAGAUUUGUUUCCUUACUAGAUUCACCCCCCCCAUCAGUGCUGCUGCCUCCCCCCAUCAUAAAAAGUGCUGCUAACAAUAACCUAUUGGCUCAGUUUGCAUGUCACAAUAAACCGUGGUUAAUGGUCUGCCUUCCACUUUGCUCUUCCCUUCUAGCCACUGGGAGCAGCAAACCACAAUCCUUGGCUUAGCAGUGCAUCCAAACCUGGGAUGAUUUGUUUGUGUCGCUCAAGCAAUUUGUGGUUGGUAAACGCAGAGCAAAGCUUGACUUGACAUCCUACUCUGUUUAGAGUGAAAUGAACCACAGUCCCUGAGCCCAAGGAUCGUGGUUUGUUGCUCCCACUGGCUAGAGGGGAAGAACAAAGUGCAAGGAACCUUCUGCGCUCUAACACUGCCACUACUCUUGCAUUUUGACUAGUUUAAUAGACUGUACUAGAACUACAGAAAAAAAUGUCCCGGAGAAUGUGAAAUCUAAUUGGUGUUUCUCCCGCCCCUCUCCCCCAUUUUUUGUAAAUCACUCUUAGUUUGUAUAAAUAUAACUCUGAACUGUAGUGAUGUUAAUAGACCCUAAUGUCUUCAGGAAACUGACACAGUGUUCAAUAAAAGGAAAUGUGUGAUGUGAAAACUGACUUGCGCUUGAACUUAAUACAGCUUGAAGGGCUGUAGCUUGGUGGCAGAGGGUUUGCUUUGGAUGCAGAAGUUCCAGG